GCAACUAUGAAACUCAAGGUUUCCCAUCGUGGGAAGCACCACGAGAUAUCGUUCGAAGAAAACAGCAGCCCAAUCCUUUCAGAUCUGCAAAGAGAAAUCGAGAAAGCAACGUCCAUUCCGCCACACCUCCAAAAGCUACUUCCGAGCAAGGUCGCAGGCUCUCCCAGCCAGCCGAAGUUGAAUGGACAACGACCAGAAGCUACACUGGAAGAACUAGGCAUCCGAGACGGGAUGCGCAUCAUGCUGCUCGGCGUCACUGGCGACGAGCUCAAAAGCGUCACUAGACAAGAGCUUGCGGCUGCCACUCGACAAUCGCCAAGGAAGCUCCACGAGUCGCUGCUGAGAGGUGCACGACCGCGGAACACGACCAUGGCAGCCAUUUCGCCAUUCGGCAAUAUCUACGCGCAUCCCAACUUUCCUGCGUACACACCCGAGGCGAAUGAGCGUGCCGCAUCCUACCUGCGCAGGCUCGCCAACGACCAGGGGGUGUUGCAUGUCAUGGCACUGCACAGCUACCAUGUCGGUGUAUUGACGGAGCUGCUCCCGCACGAGCAUCCGAACCUGCUCGGCCUGAAUGAGAAUAUGGGGCAGCGGAUCAGUUUGCGCAUACGGACGGAUCGCUACGAUGGCUUUCGGGACUAUGCCACAAGUCGGCGCGUGCUGAUGCACGAGCUAGCGCACAUCGAGGUGCACGACCACCCGCCAGAGUUCAAAGAGCUCAACUCGUUGCUCAACGCGCAACUGGCCGCUUUCGAGCGCGCACAACGCGACGGGUCGCAUCUUCUCAGCGUCGAUGAGGUGUACGAGCCUGAAAGUGGAGGGAGAAGUUCGGGGAGACAGGUUGGCAUGUUUGGGCAAACUAGGGAAGAGGAGGAACGCGAGGAGCGAAGGCUGCGCAUCCUCAGGGCGACGGAGGAGCGGCUCAGCCAAAUGGAGCACGACAUCGAGCUUGGAUGUGGUUCGACUAGGAAGGGUGGUCAACAGCGGGAUUGA